CUGGUUUUUCACCCUCCUGCUCUGAGGCGGAACUCAGGAGUCCGAUCCCGGCGCGGAGGCUAUCGAACUGACCAUUGUGUGCUGGAGGGCGGCAUGGAGGAGGCCGACCGGAUUCUGAUCCACUCGCUGCGCCAGGCGGGCUCGGCCAUCCCCGAGGAUGUCCAGUCCCUCCGGGCCUUCACCGCGGAGCUGGCUGUGGCGGCCGUGGUGGGCUGCCUCCAAGUGCUUCGCCCCUCCCUGAGCUCUGGCCUCACCCCCCACCUGCCUCCCGGGAUGUCUGCCCGCUUUCGGCUCGGCGUGAGUCUGGCCCAGGCCUGCUCGGACCUGGGCUACCCCCGAGAGCUUGGUUACCAGAGCUUCCUGUACCCGAGUGAGCCGGACCUGCGGCAGCUUCUUCUCUUCCUGGCAGAACGGCUGCCCCCCGACCCUGCCCAGGAGAGCACCCAGCCCUCAGUAGGUGAGUCGGCCAUCCUGCUCCGGGCCGUUGGCGCCCAAGUCAGGGACCUCCUGGCGGAGCCGUGGGUGCCCCCGGUCCUGAGGCCCCAAAAGCACCAGGACCGCGUCCGUCCGAAACCUCUCCACGUUCAGUCAUUCAUCCUCCCUGAUGCCAAGAGCCUGCAAGAUGCCUCUGAGGUGCGGGAGUUCCAGGGGGGUCCCCUGGUGGCCCCGGCCCCUGCCCAGAUCCCGUGUCAGGCCAGCCGGGUGGCCUCGUUCCUAGAGGAGCAUGGGGCCCAGCUCCAUGAGCUGCCGGAAGGAGACUCUGCUGGAGAUGUGGACAAGUCUCGCAGGAGGCACCUGGCCCCGCGGCUGGUGGAGCAGCUGAGGCAGAGCUGGGGGCAGGCUGCAUCCGGCGCCUCGGGGGUGCCAACACCAGGCCGGGACCUGGGCGAACUCCUCUGUGGCUGGGGACCUGGCUCCGGAGAGCCUCGAGGGAAGGGCUCCAGGUUCACACACGCCGAGAAAUUCACUUUCGCUCAGGAAGAGGAGGCCACCCGUGCUCCACCUUUGGCCCCCACAGAAGUCCCCUCGCUGCUGUCCCCGCUGUCCCCCGGCCGCUUGGAGCAGGAGUUGCGGGCGGGGCAGGAAGCGGAGCUGGCAUCUCUACAGGAUCACCUGGAGCUCGUGGGCCAGAGCAUCAAGGAGGCUGGGGCCACUGUGAAGAGGCUGACACUUAGCACGGGCCAGGUGGAAGCAGAAGCCCAACAAGCCUGGCUGAGCACCACAGAGCGGGAGCAGGCCCGGAGGCUGAAGCGCCGGGCUGUGGAUCUGCUGCCGGACGCCCCCAGCAACCUGGCCAAGCUGCAGGUGGUGGUGGAGGCCAGUGCCCAGCGUGUCAUCCACCUGGCCGGCCAGUGGGAGAGACAUCGAGUGCCGCUACUGGCUGAGUAUCGGGCUCUGAAGAAGCGCCGGGACCAGAGAGAGUUGGAGUCGUCGCACAAAGCGGCCGAGCUCCAGGUCCUGCAAGAGUGCGUGUGUGCGGCGGCCGCGGAGGCCCGCCGCAAGGAAGGUUUAUACAAGCAAUUGGUCGCCGAGCUGGACACCCUGCCCGGGGACAUGGCUCGUUCGGCCUACACCCAUCGCAUCCUGGAGAUCGUGGGCAGCAUCAGGAAGCAGAAGGAGGAGAUCACCAAGAUUCUCUCUGACACCAAACUGCUUCAGAAAGAGAUCAAUGCCCUGACCGGCAAGCUGGACCGCACCUUUGCCGUCACAGACGAACUGGUCUUCAAGGACGCCAAGAAGGAUGACUCGGUGAGGAAGGCCUACAAGUACCUGGCGGCCCUGCACGAAAACUGCAGCCAGCUCAUCCAGACCAUAGAGGACACUGGGACCAUCUUGAGGGAGGUCCGAGACCUGGAGGAGCAAAUCGAGACGGAGACCGGCAAGAAGACUCUGAGCAAUCUGGAGAAGAUCCUAGAGGAUUACCGGGCCGUCCGGCAAGAGAAUGCGGGCCUGCUGGGCCGAAUCCACGAAGCCUGAGGCAGCCCUGGUCUCUGGGCCUGGACCUCCCUGUCCUGCCUCUCCCUAGCCUGCCUGUCCUCCCGUCCCCUUUUUCUCCCCUGGAUCUCCCCAUUCCUUUCUUCUCCCUCAGGUCUCCCCGUCCCCUUCUCCCCCUGGGCAUGAGCCCUGAGAGCUCUUUCCUUCAAGCACACCCUCUGCCAAUACACGGUUCAGCUACAAGGCCUUUAUUGGUGGAAGGAAACCAAAGCCCUCCUUCACCUCCCCUCCCCCUCCCCCCCAAGAAAGACAGCCAAUAAAGAUGUUUCCUUCAUCA